CGUGUUGUUAGCAAUUUAAAAAUGCAAUCUGCACGCAUUGCACGCAGGUCACUCAUAAACGCAUCAGUUCUCAUUCUUUAGUAAUUUAUACUUAUUUUGCAAAGCGAGUUUUUAAGCCGCAGGACGCCAAUCGCAAAGGUCUUUCAUAAGGUUAGACCAAUCGCUUGGUCUUUAAGGAGGGACAUUCUGCAGCUUGCAUGUGUGUAGAUGCUGUUUCCCAGUCAGUGUGUGUGUGUGCGAUUGCGAAUAAUCAGCGGGAACAGCCUGUCUCGCUGGGCAUCUUCGUGGAUUUUAAAAUCACCUUCACCGUCAGCAACAUCACAGGGACCCGUACUGCCUGAAACUGUUCUGUAAUAUAUCAGACAUGAAGAAUCCGAUCUGUUGGGUGAUCCUCAUAGGGAUGACGAUCCUGUUUCUUCAACAAGGAGCGCCCGUGCAGAGCGGGGACACCUCGCCUUUUAACAGAGUGAUGGACAACCUCACUGUCAGACAGGGAGACAGCAUCGCGCUCAGAUGUGCAAUCGACAACCAAAUGACUCGCACAGCCUGGCUCAAUAGGUCCACCAUCUUGUACGCUGGAAGGGAUAAGUGGACCCUAGAUGAGCGAGUCAGUCUGCAGUUAUACAAUAACAGAGAGUACACCAUUAAGAUUAAUAAUGUACAGGUUCAAGACGAAGGCCUAUAUACGUGCGCAGUGCAAACCAACUUGCACCCAAGGACCACCAUCGUCCAUCUAAUAGUUCAAGUUCCUCCCACAAUCAUGACUAUAUCACCGGACGUCUCGGUGAAUGAAGGUGCAAACGUCUCCAUUGUGUGUUUGGCUACCGGAAAGCCUGAACCAGUGGUGACAUGGAGACACCUCUCACCAAUAGCUCAGGGUUUCAUGUCUGAAGAGGAGUAUUUGGAAAUCCCAUCAAUUACGAAGCAGGACGCUGGAGUUUAUGAGUGCAGUGCUUCAAACGAAGUCUCAACAGACAUCAAAAAAGUACAAAUUAUAGUCAACUUCCCUCCCUAUAUCUCAGAUGCUAAGAAUUUGGGGGUCGCAGUGGGUCAGAAGGGGAUUUUGCGAUGUGAAGCAAUCGCUGUGCCAACCGCAGCAUUUGAGUGGUAUAUAGAAGACAGAAGAAUCUUCAGUGGAUUCAAUGGGAUUCAGAUUCAGAGCAAGGGCAGGCUGUCCAUGCUUACCUUUUUAAAUGUGUCUGAGGAGGAUUAUGGCAACUACACCUGCAUGGCAUCGAACAAACUAGGGAACGCAACUACAAGCUUAAUAUUGUAUGAAACAAAUGAGCCCACAAGCUCAACACUGGUGCAAGAGAAGACAACAUCUACAAAGUAUGCAAUACUGAGAGAUGUUGGAGCAGCGCAGGAUGUGAAGAGCGUUGGUGCAGGAAGUCAAGCCUCGGCCUGCCUGCUGCUGGUUCUCUGUGUGCAGCUCCUGCUCAAAUUUUGAUGCAAAACCAUCUCCGAGGGGCAGCGUCCGGUUUCUUUCUUUUCAGCACCACAGACUUUUGCACAAAGCAGGAGACCCAAUCUUCAAUUUUGAAAUUGCAAAAAUGCAAUAUAUAUAUAUAUAUAUAUAUAUAUAUAUAUAUAUAUAUAUAUAUAUAUAUAUAUAUAUAUAUAUAUAUAUAUAUAUAUAUAUAUAUAUAUAUAUAUAUAUAUAUAUAUAUAUAUAUAUUAUAGCUUGAAAGUCUGCGUACAGAAGAUGACUGCCCUCUUUGUUGCUGCAAUCGAACGUCCCGUUGUGCCCUGGUCUAAAAAAAAAAAAAAAAGGCUGUUAAUGUUUUCAUUUGUUUGAUUUUGUUUUGGAUUUUAUUGUUAACCACUCUGACAUCUGCAGUGGGCAGGCUAGUAGUAUGUAGGAAAAAAACGAAAGUUUUCUCCUCAAUGUUAUACAUGGUGGUAUUUUUAAGUGAGGAGUGCUAUAUUUCUUUUUAGUAAUGUGAUGAAAUAUUUCCAGAGUAUAGAUAUUGAAGAUAAAAAAAAAAAAAGUAUAUGAUAUAUUGUUGCUUUCCAUAGUACAAGCAAUUGAAAAGGCAUAUGUAUUGCCUGUUUGGUACCCGUGUCAAACUGGCAAAACAUUAUAUAUAUAUAUAUAUUAUCAAACUAACCAAUGCUGGCAACUCAGGGCUUAUGGUUUCAGAUCCAUUUUGCAUUUAUAUCGUCAAUUCAGUUUUCAAGAUAACAAUAUAGAUGUGGCUUUUUUAACAGUAACAUGUUAUUCACUAUACCAAGCUGCCGAAUUUCUAGAAAUCGGUUUCUGCAUAAUCUAUUUCUAUGUAAAAAAUAAAAAUAGAAUAACCAGUCUUCAGUUACUGUAUGAACUGAUAGAUGUACCAUCGUUGAUGUCAGCUGCUUUACUGUAUGCAAAGUAGAUCAAGUACCUUUUGACCAGACACAUUUUAUUGUAAAUAAGGGAUAAACAUUCUGAUUUGUUAACGUUUUUCUUUGAUGUAAAUUCUUAUUCAACAUUAUAAAAUAUAUGCCAGUGGACCAAAACAUUAACAUUGUGCUAAAAACAUUUUUUUUUUUUUUUUUUUUUAGUAACACUUGCAUGAUAGGAUGUCCUGCAAUAAUGGAAUGCCAGAUCAUAAUAAACAAUGGUAGAGUUUUAAAAUGUGCAGCCACAAUUUUAAGACACAGUAAAGACGAUCAAGGGAAACAUGUAAAACACCUUAAUCAAUAUGAAACCCAUAAUCCACCUGAUACUAUGUGCAGCAAAGGGCUGUUAGUUCAGUUUAAAUUGACGGGUUAACCCUCACAAAGAUCACCACGGAUGACCACACCGAGGCUAAUGAAUAUUCCCCUUAGCAAUGUUCUUUAUCAGCAGCUGCCCCACUGAUUGUCAGUGAUAACAACAUACGCUCAUCAGCUCCAACACUAAUGGCAAUAUGGCUGUCAAUGCUGCUGGUAUCUGUGGUUCAUUCUAUUUCUGAAUCUACUAAUGUGUGACACACGACCGUUGUUCCCAUACUGCCGAACAGACGCAUAUCAAGGGCUGGAAUAUGCAGGGUCACCUUUACAUUUGUCACCAUAACUGAUUAUUGUAUUUGUAAAAUUAAAAAUGCAGUAAUUCGUUCCACAGUACUUCAUUAAACACUGCUCAGCAUUUCAUGAAACAGUCCGUGUCUGUGGAGGUUUCAGUUUCGGUUCCAGCCUCUCUGUUUUACUGCUUCAUUCAUUCGGCACUAUUUUCACUGAGGUCCCCGCAACCAUUGAAAUAAGACACAGACAGCGACGCAAGCAACAUGAAGGGCUAGGAUUGACCAAUAAAAUCAAGGGGCUUACUGAUAAUGUUGGGACUGAAACUGGGUCGGAAUUCCAGCUCGUUUUAUCACCAUAUGCAAAAUAUACUGGGAACAACGUCUAUGCGGUGAUGUUGCACUGGAGUGCUCAGUGAAUAUGACCUGAUUUGACCUUUGUUGGUCCUGAAAUUAAACUCCAUUGUUUGCA